AUGUCUCAAGAUUAUCUUACUCCUUCAACAUUGCCCCACCCCCCCUUGAAGAGGACCAACACCGGGUUCACCCCUAACCAAAUUAUUGCCUUGGAUGCUGAAAUCCCUGAGUCUGCCAAGAAUACCUGGUUCAGGUACUCUCAAUUGGAUAUUUUAGACUCGAAUUAUAGAGGUCCACGUAACAAGACGGACACCGUUCACACCAUUGUUGACGACACUGACAAGUUUGAAAAGGAAUUUGUCAAUCAUGUUGAAACGUCGUUGGGAAGGUCCAUGUACAAUUGUGAUGACUUGGCAGCUUACCAAGCUUCUGCAAACACUGUAAGGGAUGCAUUGGUUAUUGAUUGGUCCAACACUCAACAAAGACAAACAGUUCAAGACGGGAAAAGAGUCUACUACUUAUCAUUGGAGUUUUUAAUGGGAAGAGCUAUGGACAAUGCAUUGAUCAACUUGAAAUGUGAGAAAAACACCAAAGACGCAUUGAAUGACUUGGGGUUCAACUUGGAAGACGUUUUAGAUCAAGAGCCAGAUGCUGGUUUAGGUAAUGGUGGGUUAGGUAGAUUGGCUGCUUGUUUUGUCGAUUCCUUGUCAUCGAAAAACUACUCUGGUUGGGGAUAUGGUCUUAACUAUCAGUACGGUAUUUUUAAGCAAAAGAUUAUUGACAGUUUUCAAGUUGAAACACCUGAUUAUUGGUUAAGAUACACCAAUCCAUGGGUUUUAGACAGGCACGAAAUUCGUAUCCCUGUUGACUUUUACGGAUACGUUUAUCAAGAGCAAGACCCCAACACCGGCAAGGUUAAAAAGAGCUGGAGUGGCGGUGAAAGAAUCUUGGCUGUUCCUGCAGACUUCCCCGUUCCAGGAUACAAUACCGAGAACACCAACAAUUUGAGAUUAUGGAAUGCUAAACCAACACACGAAUUCGACUUUACCAAGUUCAAUGCUGGUGACUACCAACAGUCAGUAGCUGCCCAACAAAGAGCAGAAGCAAUUACUGCUGUGCUUUACCCUAAUGACAACUUUGAACAAGGUAAAGAGUUGAGAUUGAAGCAACAAUACUUUUGGGUUGCCGCUUCGUUGCACGAUAUUGUUCGUAGAUUCAAAAAGAAUCACAAGACCAACUGGAAAAAGUUCCCUGAACAGGUUGCUAUUCAAUUGAACGAUACCCAUCCAACAUUGGCAAUUGUUGAAUUGCAAAGAAUUUUGGUUGAUUUAGAAGGGUUGGAGUGGGACUAUGCUUGGUCUAUUGUUACUAAAGUCUUUGCUUAUACCAACCACACUGUGUUGGCUGAAGCUUUGGAGAAAUGGCCAGUUGAUGUAAUUGGUCAUUUACUUCCAAGACAUUUGGAAAUCAUAUACGACAUCAACUAUUUCUUUUUGAAAUCAGUCGAGCAUAGGUUCCCAGACGACCGUGACUUGUUGAGAAGAGUCUCUGUUAUUGAGGAAGGAUACCCUAAAUCGGUGAGAAUGGCUUACUUGGCUAUUAUUGGCUCUCACAAAGUUAAUGGUGUCGCUGAAUUGCACUCAGAGUUGAUUAAAACCACCAUCUUCAAAGAUUUUGUCAAGGUGUUUGGUCCUGACAAGUUUACCAAUGUUACCAAUGGUAUUACUCCUAGACGUUGGUUAAGACAAGCCAACCCUGAGUUGGCUGCGUUGAUUGCCCAAAAAUUGGACGAUCCAAACUACGAAUACUUGACAAACUUGGGCCGGUUGAAAAAAUUGGAGCAAUUUAUCGACGAUGAAAAGUUUUUGAGACAAUGGGACGCUAUCAAGUUUAAUAAUAAGCGCAGGUUGGCUGCCUUGAUCAAGCAAGAAACUAAUGUCGACGUUGACCCCACAUUGCUUUUUGAUGUUCAAGUGAAAAGAAUACACGAAUACAAAAGACAACAAAUGAAUAUCUUUUCGGUCAUUUAUAGAUAUUUGCACAUCAAGGAAUUGAUUGCUAAGGGUGUUUCAAUUGACGAAAUCAAGGAAAAGUACUACAUUUCAAAAGCAUCGAUUUUUGGCGGUAAAGCUGCGCCGGGUUAUUACAUGGCCAAGACCAUUAUCCAUUUGAUCUGUAAGGUUGGUGAGGUUGUCAAUAACGACACUGAAAUUGGCAAUCUUUUGAAGGUGGUAUUCAUUCCUGACUACAAUGUGUCCAAGGCUGAAAUCAUUUGUCCUGGAUCCGACUUGUCAAACCACAUCUCCACUGCCGGUACCGAAGCUUCAGGAACAUCCAAUAUGAAAUUUGCCUUGAAUGGUGGGUUAAUCAUUGGUACUGUUGACGGAGCCAAUGUUGAAAUCACUCGUGAAAUUGGUGAAGAGAAUAUUUUCCUUUUUGGUAACUUGGCCGAGUCGGUUGAUGAAAUCAGACACAAACAUUUUGUCGAUGGUGUCAAAGUUCCUGAAACCUUACAAAAAGUGUUUGAUGCAAUCCAAAACGGAAAAUUUGGUAACCCUGACGACUUUAAGCCUUUGAUUGAAAGUAUUAGAGAUCAUGGUGAUAAUUAUCUUGUUACUGAUGAUUUUGACUUGUACUUGGAUGCCCAAAGGAAAGUUGAGAAUGUGUUUGGCCACCACGGUGCUGAUGCUGAAGAUGAGGACCACUUGAAGAGAUGGGUUAGGAAGUCAGUGUGGAGUGUUGCAAACAUGGGAUUCUUUUCCAGUGAUAGAUGUAUUGACGAGUAUGCUGAGAAUAUCUGGAAUAUCGAACCAUCUAACAUCUAG